AACGGCUUAUUUCCCUUUUCGUGGCAGGAAAGACCUGGCCGCUCGCUUUCGGCUCGGGCAUGGGCCUAGGAAUGGCGUAUUCCAACUGCCAACACGACUUCCAGGCCCCGUACCUUCUCCACGGGAGAUUCAUGAAGGUGAGUCGAAGAGGCUCCUCGGGGGAGCGGAAGGCCCGCCCGCCCGCCAGACCCUUUUAAUUCCUCGGCCCUCCGGCGAUGCCCACCUGGGGAAUCCCUGCCUGUCCCGGGUGCCUUUAGU